AUUAUUUACUCCUAUUAUGACAUCUUUGGUGUUGUCUUAUCUCUUCUAUAUAUUGAACAUCACUUUGCGAUCACUUUAUUAGUUAUCGAAGAGUCGAGAAAUGCAUCGAAACAGCAAUUGUAUUGUCAGUUCUAACCCCGGUUUCAGAACCGUGUCGUCGAGCGUUCAAAUCUCUUAAAACUGUGUUUAUUUUUAUUUUGUAAAAUUUAAUGGAAACUUUAAUUCAAUGAUUAAGCAAUCGGGAUAUCACGUGAAUUAUGCGCCGGUGCGACAGAUAAGGACCAGUUAUCGGGGCAAUGAUGAGAGAACGCCACUGAUUAAUGGCAAUUGUUUGCCAUCCAAUCCCCACAUGCCUUCCUAUAAUACACUUAAUAAUUCAAACAGCGAUUCACUUAAAUCGGACUCCAUUUACGAGAUGGACGUCGAAGAACGAGCUAAGAAUGGCUCUAAACUUAAGUUUCUUAAGACUAUAUUACUCGCCGCUCUCAUCAUUUACACACUCAUAAGCUUUAUAUUUAUACGCGAGAAACACGAGGCCUGGAAUAAUGUGGCCGUUCAGCAAAAUGCACCCGUUUUUGUCGACCUGUCGGAGAGUCUGGACCUCAUGUUUCCCGUAUGGAAACUGAAGGCUCGAUCGACGUUCGUGUCGAACGAAUACGCGAACCUAACCGACUAUGAGGUCCGCUUCUCCAUCAUUAGGAUCACUGAAGACAACGUAAAGUCGGUGAUGAAAGGGCCGUGGAUUGCGCCCAUCGCUCCCAACUUUCUAUCGCUAGAAGUGGGCAGUCAUGAAGUGGAGCACACAUUUGUGGUCAAUAAAGAGGACCAUUACGACGACGACGAUCACUAUCAGCUCCGCAUUGAGACCAAUCUCGAAGAAUCGGCCGGAAUAUCAAUCAAUAUUUCGGGCUUUUCCGAGCUAUCACUGGACGGAAUUCUAUUGGCUUCGGCUGUUCUUAUCUUUCUGUAUGUUUUGAUUAUCUUUGAAGUCGUGAACCGAACGCUGGCGGCUAUGAUCGGCGCCACCGCUGCCAUCACUUGCCUCACGCUUAUAAGAGAUCGACCAUCGCUUGAAAAAGUGGUUUCAUGGCUUGAUGUGGAGACCCUAUGUCUUCUGUUCGGAAUGAUGGUUCUCGUGGCCAUACUCUGCGAAACCGGAUUCUUUGAUUAUGUCUCUGUUUUGACUCACUAA